GCAGGAAGUUCCUACUAAAAAUACCCCGACGUCAGGCUAAAGAAAGAACCCGACCCCGGCGGACAGAUUUUAGGAUUUCAUGAGGACGUCAAGGUGCCUUCGGAAACAUGUCGGGACAGAGGGCAAGAGACCUGUGUUCAGCGAUUAAACGCCCGCUGCUGUUUUUAUCUCUGCUCGUUGUUUAUAUCAGCUCCAUCAACUCAGUUUCCGCAGGCGAGCUGAAGGCAGAGACUUACAACAAAUACUACAAUUACAACGAACUUACCGAGCUUCUCAAAAGUCUCGCCCUUAAACACUCCAGCAUCGCCAAUCUCACCAGCAUCGGCAGGUCCGUUGAAGGCAGAGAGCUGUGGGUGAUGAGAGUCACCAAAGACCUCACUGCUGCUAAUGGAGCAGGAAAACCCAAAUUCAAGUAUGUGGGCAACAUGCACGGAGACGAGACCGUGUCCCGACAGGUGUUGGUUUACCUGCUGGAGGACCUACUGGAGAAGUACGGGGAGGAUCCGCGGGUCACGGAGCUCGUCAACACCACCGAUAUUUACAUCCUGCCGAGUAUGAAUCCUGACGGCUUUGAGAAGUCCGUGGAGGGGGAUUGUUUGGGCAAAGACGAGGGUCGGUAUAAUGCCAAAAACAUCGACCUGAACAGAAGUUUCCCAGAUCAAUUUGAGGAAAUACACGUGAAUGCAGAAGACAUCCCUGAAGCUACUGCUGUCAUGAAGUGGAUCCUGGAGAACAAGUUUGUUCUCUCUGGGAAUCUGCAUGGUGGGACGGUAGUGGCCAGUUAUCCUUAUGAUGACUCUGCAGCUCAUGCUUCUGAAGGCACCUAUAGCAGAUCUCCCGAUGAUGCCCUCUUCAGGCACUUGGCGCUUGUUUACGCAGAGAAUAAUCCGGUUAUGAAAACCGGGCAGCCAAAGUGUAAGGAUAGCAUAAACGAAUCCUUCCCGGGUGGCAUCACAAAUGGAGCAAAGUGGUACGACGUACCAGGGGGUAUGCAGGAUUUCAAUUACCUGAAGGGGAACUGUUUGGAAAUCACCAUGGAGCUUAGCUGCUGCAAAUAUCCAUCCUCAUCCGAGCUCAAGACCGAAUGGGAAAACAAUCGUGACGCCCUACUGGCCUACAUGGAGCAGAUUCAUAUUGGAAUACGUGGCUUUGUAAGGGCUGCCAGGAAUGAAGCUCCUAUCGCUGAUGCUGUGAUUAUGGUUGCGGACAUUAAACACAAUGUGAGCACCUCACGUUUUGGAGACUACUAUCGUCUGCUGCUGCCCGGCACCUACACCAUCACCGUGGUAGCACCGGGCUACGUUCCUAUGACUGUAGCUGGGGUGGAGGUAAAAGAGGGAAAAGCAACUGUGCUGAAUAUCACCCUUGUGUCUGAGAAUGACGAAAGUUCCACCGCCGCCCCAAAGCCAGAGUCCUCCACCGAAACCUCUGCCAGCAGCUCCAACAGUGGCAGCACAGACAACAACAGCAACUCUGGUGCCAGCGACAAAGCAGCAGAUCUCACAGUUCAGCCUCAGGACUUCCGGCAUCACCACAACAGCGACAUGGAGCUUUUCCUGAAGAAAUUCAGCUCUGAGUACAGCUCAAUCACACACCUCUAUACCAUUGGGAGAUCUGUGCAGAAUCAUCUUCUGUGGGUCAUGGAGAUCUCCGACAAUCCUGGUGUCCACGAGUUAGGUGAACCGGAGUUUAAGUAUAUUGGUAACAUGCAUGGUAAUGAAGUGGUUGGUCGUGAAUUGCUCCUCAACCUCAUUGAGUACCUGUGUCGCAACUAUGGCACUGACCCAGAGGUCACCCAGCUCGUCGACACCACACGGAUUCACAUCAUGCCUUCAAUGAACCCUGAUGGUUAUAAAGUGUCCCAAGAGGGAGAUAUCGAAGGCAUACAGGGCCGCAACAACAGUAACAACUACGACCUGAACCGUAACUUUCCUGACCGGUUCAAACUGAUCACAGAUCCCCUCCAGCCAGAGACCAAGGCUGUGAUGACCUGGUCAAAUAACCACUCAUUUGUUUUGUCUGCCAACCUUCAUGGAGGCUCUCUGGUGGUGAAUUAUCCAUUUGACGAUAAUUUGGAGAACGUUAUCGGAUACAGCAAGUCCUCAGACGAUGCUGUGUUCAAGAUGGUGGCUCUCGCUUACUCUCGGGAAAACUCUCAAAUGUAUGAAGGUCACCCCUGUAAGGAAAUGAGUUCAUACCAGGAAUCUUUUCAAAAUGGCAUCACCAAUGGCGCAGCAUGGUACAAUGUCCACGGAGGAAUGCAGGACUGGAACUACAUGAACACAAACUGCUUUGAGGUGACUAUUGAACUGGGCUGUUACAAAUACCCACCAGCCAAGGAUCUGCCAAAAUACUGGGAACAAAACCGCAGAUCACUUCUGCAGUUCAUCCAUCAGGUCCACCGUGGAGUAAAAGGAAUGGUAAUCGACAGCAAAGAUGGAUCUGGCAUUCCUAAUGCUACCAUCACUGUGGACUCCAUUCAUCACCAAAUCACAUCCAGUGGUUUAGGGGACUACUGGCGCUUACUUGUUCCAGGAAAAUACAGGCUGACCGCCUCUGCCCAAGGUUACUCGUCAGCAAGUUCUUCGGUCACCGUGCCUGAGGAAGGAUUGGAGAUUGUUAAUUUCACACUGACCCGGAUUCCCACAACCCCAGGUUUGGAUCCAAGUGUGAAGGAGUUUCAGGCCCUCAUCAAGCAGCUGUCAACCGAAUCCGGUCUGGACAAACUGGUCCAGGACACUGCAACUGAGAGCAGCUUCCGGUACCGGCAGUACAGCGAGGUUUCCGAGUUUCUGCGUGGACUGGCACUCAACUUCCCAGAGAUUGUCUCUGUCCGCAGUCUUGGUCAGAGUGUGGAGAUCAGGAAUAUCUGGGCUCUGGAGAUCUCCAACAAUCCUGAAGUCCCAGAGCCGUCAGAGCCCAAGAUCCGGUUUGUAGCAGGUAUCCAUGGACACGCACCAGUGGGCACAGAGCUGCUUCUGGAGUUUGCUGAAAGUCUCUGUGUAAACUACGGCAAGAAUGCAGCCAUCACCAGGCUCAUAAAUGAGACAAGAAUUGUUAUCCUGCCAAGCAUCAACCCAGAUGGACGUGAGCUGGCGAAGGAAAGAGACUGCACUUCCACUGUUGGCAUGACCAAUGUGCAUGGCAAAGACCUCGACACUGACUUCGUUGUAGGUAAUGCAUCUCAGCGAGCUUCAGAACCCCAGCCAGAGACACGCGCUGUGAUGGAUCUGAUUCAGGAAAGAGGAUUUACUCUCUCUGUGGCUCUGGAUGGAGGCUUAUUUUUGGUCACGUAUCCAUAUGACAAACCAGUGCAAACUGUUGAAAAUGAUGACACGCUGAGAUAUCUGGCCACUGUUUAUGCUGACCACCAUACCACAAUGCACUUGGGUAACACUGGAUGUCCGAACAGAGGCCAGAGCAACAUCCCUGGUGGUGUCCUUCGAGCAGCAGCGUGGCAGAGUCACAUGGGCAGCAUGAAGGACUUCAGUGUGGACUUUGGUCACUGUCCCGAGAUCACGGUCUACACCAGCUGCUGUCCAUUUCCUUCAGCUGAAAUGCUGCCCUCGCUAUGGGCUGAGAACAGGAAGUCUCUUCUUAGCAUGCUGGUUGAGGUGCAUAAAGGGAUUCGUGGAGUAGUCAAGGGUAAGAAUGGUAAGCCCAUCGUGGGUGCUGUAAUUGUAUUGAACGGUGGUGUUCGAGUCUACACUAGUGAAGGAGGGUAUUUCCAUGCUCUUCUGGCUCCUGGUUUACACAACAUUGAAGCGAUGGCUGAUGGAUACCAACAACAAUCCCAGAAGGUGUCUGUGUCGCAGUUUGAAGCAGCAAGUUCUAUUAUCAUUGAGUUUGACAUGGAGAACGAUAUAUUUGGCCUUCCUAGAGAAUUAGUAGUGGCGAGUGCAGCUGCUGCGAUGACAGCACUAGUCGUGACCGCCUGCAUCAUCUGGUGCGUCUGCUCAGUCAAAUCCAACAGACAAAAAGACGGCUUCCAUCGACUACGGCAGCAUCGAGACGACUACGACGACGAGAUCCGCCUCAUGUCUAUGGGCUCCAAAAAGUCUCUCCUCAGCCACGAGUUUCAAGAUGAGAGCGAAAGUGACGAGGAUACACUGUACACCAACAAACUCUGAGUCUGUCCACUGCAGGGCCAGCAGAGGGCGCUCACUGUCCAAAACCGUCGAAAAAAACACCACAGGAUGCACUUUAAUGGCCUGGUGAAUUCGGGCAAGCUUUUUUUUGCACCGUAGUGUAUGCAAAUAACCACUGCUCUCUCAACCAGCCUGCUUCGUUAUCUGGGUCUCUGUAAUUCUGGUCCUCUACCCUUUAAAAAGGAAAGCGAAGAGCUAGAGUCCAUCUUAACAGGAUUAUGAAACACUGUGCCUUGUUUGAUUAGAGGAUGCAUGGCCGCUGCUGUGGUGAGGAUGACGAUUUUCUAGUGUAAAUGAAAUUUUCCGCCCAUUUUCUUUUCUUCUUCUUCUGUGGACCCGGAUUGGUCGGGAAUCCAUCCAGAUGAGAGUCUGGUCAGAUCAUCGGUAUCAUUAUGAGUUUGUUAGGAGCAACAGACAGCUGUCUUUGCGGUUCUCUUUAUGUGUAGCCAACAGAAUGCCAGAUAUUUCACUUUAUGUGAACUAAUUAAGGCAUUUCAUAAGUGAUAUUAAAGAGAUAGUUCAUCCAAAGAAAAAUGCUGUUAAUUUAAUGGCCUUUAGACAAGAUAUGGUGUAGGUUACCUUUUUUUGCUGAAACUGUGGCUCUUGGUGAUUUACAAAAAGUCAGUCAAUGCUAUUGGCUAUAGUCAAUACUAUUUUAAGUUAGAAAAACAUAAACAAGCUAAAAAGCAGGCUUCUAGCCAUACGUUUGAGGUCUUAUGAAGCAAAACGAUAGAUCUGUAACUGAGUAUUAUUUAUUUUUAUUUAUAAACAUAUGUUACAGGAAGCAUGUGUUGCAUAUCUAAACGUAUGUGACGGCAAACUCACGCUGCUCCAGACUGCCCUGAACACACUCCCAGCUGUUUUCUGUAGCUGUGGAUUAAAGGUAAUACUAAUCCUGUGGCUUGACAAAACUGAAAACAUCAUAAAUAUUCACAGGGAUUCAUUUUGCUUUGCCUUUUUUGACUCUGAAAAUGCCAACAGCCACUUUUUAUGAAUCACCAAGGACCACGAAAAAUAGUUUUUAAUGUAGAGGAAAGCUACC